CCAUCAUUUAAAGUGCAUUUAGGUUAGAAUUUUUAGCUCAUUUUUAAACCUCACCUACCAUGAUCACUUUCAAACUUGUGAUCCUCCUUAUUUCACUGAAAUAUUCAGUUUUAGGUGAUGAUGAACUAGAUGGCUAUGUAAAAACAGAAGGAGCAUGGAUGGCGGGUAGACAAAGACAGCUAUACAUGAAUGUAGAUGCAUUAGGCUGUGCCAAAAAAUGUGAAAACGAGCAGAAGUUUACUUGUAGGGCUUUUUUGUAUGGCUCAAAAAACCAACUAUGCGUUACACUUCUUGACAAUCAGAGGUCUUCAAUGGUGCAUCGAAGGAGUGAUGUAGCUAUAUAUGAAAGAAAACUUUACCUUGAAGAAUGCAUUUCUGGAAGUGGAAAGGAUUACAGAGGAACUGAAUCUAAGACAAAAUCUGGAAGACCAUGUCAAGAUUGGACAUCAAACACCCCACAUACACCAAAUUUUACUCCUGAAAAGUUUCCAAAUGAUGGGCUUGAGGCAAAUUUUUGUAGAAAUCCAGAUGGAGAUUCAAAUGGACCUUGGUGUUACACUACAGACCCCACCGCUAGAUUCGAAUUUUGCAACAUUCCCCAAUGUGAAGACGAUUGCUUUCAUUGCAGUGGAGAAAAUUACAGGGGGAAAAUUUCAAAGACGGAGUCUGGUUUGGAGUGUCAGAAAUGGGAUUCACAAACCCCCCAUUCUCAUGGUUACAACCCAGCAAGCAUUCCAGAAAAAAAUCUCAUUGAGAAUUACUGCCGGAAUCCAGAUGGAGAACCACGACCAUGGUGCUUUACUACUAACCCAAACAAGCGCUGGGAAUACUGCAAUGUGCCACGCUGUACCUCUAAUCCCCCACCGUCACCUCCGGGAUUGCAAUGUUUGUCUGGAAAAGGAGAGACUUAUCGAGGAAAUAUCGCUGUAACAGCAUCAGGAAAGAUUUGUCAGGCUUGGAGUGCUCAGAAACCCCACAACCAUUCCAGAACCCCAGAGAACUACCCCUGCAAGAAUCUAGAAAAGAACUAUUGCAAAAACCCUGAUGGGGAGUCAAUGCCCUGGUGUUAUACUACAGACAAAGAAACACGAUGGGAAUAUUGUGAAAUACCCAGCUGUGAUUUGCGACCUCCUGUUAUACCUGAGCCUACAACACCUACAGCAGUUUCAGAAUGUUAUGAAGGAAAUGGAGGAGAUUACCGAGGCACAACUUACAUCACAAUUUCUGGUAAAAGAUGUCAGGCCUGGAGCUCCCAAAUGCCACAUUCACAUUCCAGGACACCUGACAAAUUUCCAAAUGCGGGACUGGAAAGGAAUUACUGCAGGAAUCCAGAUAAUGACAAAAGCCCAUGGUGUUAUACCACAGAUCCUAGUGUACGAUGGGAGUAUUGUAGCCUGAAGAAAUGCACCGAUGUACCACCUAUAGAACAGAAGCCUGUACAGACAACAAAGCCUACUUUAGUAUCCAGCAGUCCAGAUUGUGUUAUUGGUAAAGGUCAAGAUUAUCGUGGUACAAGAUCAGUCACUGUUAAAGGCUAUACCUGUCAAGAAUGGAGCUCCCAGACGCCUCAUCCACACAACAGUUUUACACCAGUAACUCACCCAGAUGCUGGAUUGAAUAAAAAUUACUGCAGGAACCCUGAUGGAGAUAUAAAUGGCCCAUGGUGCUUUGUAGCAAGUCCUGGUACAGUCAGUUGGGAUUACUGUGAAAUUCCUGCUUGUGCCUCAACAGAAAUUGAGUGUGGAAAGCCAAAAAAAAAACAAAGAAAAUGCUUUGGAAGGAUAGUAGGUGGGUGUGAAGCAUAUCCAUAUUCUUGGCCUUGGCAGAUCAGUCUUCGAACAAGCUUUAAUCUACACUUCUGUGGUGGAACAUUGAUUGAUCGUGAAUGGGUUGUCACAGCGAAACACUGUUUAGAUCGUUCCAGCAAACCAGCAUAUUACAAAAUACAUCUUGGAAUCCAUAAAGAAGUAAGCAAUGAACCAUCCAAGCAAGUCAGAGAUGUUGAAAAGCUGUUCCUGGAACCAUCAAAUGCAGAUAUAGCUCUAUUGAAGCUGAAAAGCCCAGCGUUAAUCACAGAUGAAGUUCUCCCUGUUUGCCUACCACCUGAAAAUUAUGUGGUGCCUGCCAAGUCUGAAUGUUAUGUAACAGGAUGGGGCGAGACACAAGGCACUGGUAGUACAGGAGUGCUUAAAGAAGCUGGUUUCCCUGUCAUUGAAAAUAAAGUAUGCAACAGCCCAGAAUACCUUAAUAACAAAGUGACAAGCAGGGAGCUGUGUGCUGGCAACAUCCAUGGAGGAAUUGACAGUUGUCAGGGUGACAGUGGAGGACCACUGUCUUGCUUUGAUGGGGAAAAGUAUGUUUUACAAGGAGUAACCUCGUGGGGUCUUGGCUGUGCUCAGCCCAUGAAGCCAGGUGUAUAUGUACGGGUGUCUCGCUUUAUCUCAUGGAUUGAACAGACAAUGAAAGCAAAUUAAUGCAUCAACAGUGCUUAUGUUUUAUUACAAAUGAACAAAAGAGACUGAUAAGUAUCUCAAAUAUAACAAAAAUAAAUAUACUUUUUGUCAGUUGGAAUAAACUGAAUAGUAAUCUCA